CUUGCAAAGUAAGAAUCUUCAGAAGAAGCCAAUAUCACCAAACAUAAAACUGAGCACUGACUCGUCCACUACUGAAUCUAUACCGAUGUCCACUACUGAAUCUAUACCGAUGUCCACUGCUGAAUCUAUACCGAUGUCCACUGCUGAAUCUAUACCGAUGUCCACUGCUGAAUCUAUACCGAUGUCCACUACUGAAUCUAUACCGAUGUCCACUGCUUAAUCUAUACCGAUGUCCACUACUGAAUCUAUACCGAUGUCCACUACUGUAUCUAUGCCGAUGUCCACUGCUGAAUCUAUACGGAUUUCAACUGCUGAAUCUAUACCGAUGUCCACUGCUGAAUCUAUACCGAUGUCCACUGCUGAACCUAUACCGAUGCCCACUACUGUAUCUAUACCGAUGUCCACCAAUGAAUCUACACCGAUGUCCACUACUGUAUCUAUACCGAUGUCCACUGCUUAAUCUAUACCGAUGUCCACUACUGAAUCUAUACCGAUGUCCACUACUGAAUCUAUACCGAUGUCCAGUGCUGAAUCUAUACCGAUUUUCACUGCUGAAUCUAUACCGAUGUCGAAAGUCAAUCAGGAAAUUGUGAUUCUGAUGGCGGGAAUCGGAGUGGUAGAAGUUACGAUAAUAAUUGUGGGUAUCCUAGUAGUCAAGCGAUUUCGACAGCAAAGAAAAAGCACAAUGAAAAGAACCUCAAAAGAAACCAAUGAUGGUCGACCUGUCUCCAGAAAAACAGUUUUCGGUAUUGAUGACAUAUAUGACACCAUUCCAUUUGACGAGAGCCAUGAAAUCCAUAUAAAGAUCUCUCUGAAGGGUGUACGAUACAACCUCAAAACGCCGAUCUCAUGUCAAUGGGCAGAGGAGUAAUUAUUCCAGGGGAAGUUUCUUUUUACAUUUGUUUCAUAAAUCAAACCUCAACGAAAGAAAGUCAAUAGAAGAAAACAUUCCAAUGUCUUUGAAGAAGGAAACGAUUCCAGUGGUUUAAAUUCGCCUGGAACAGCUGUUUAGGCGAAAAAAAUAUUAAGAGAGAAUAAUCAAAGUACUCAGAAGUACAGAGAACCGGGCUUAUUUACAGAGUAGAAUGGAUUUCUUACAUGAAUCACGUUUAUAUUCUGAUGAAAAAGUUAUUUUAAAACUAUCAAUAUAAAUGAUAGGACACUGACAGUGAGUUUUUCAAUCCUAAUACCACGGUCCGAUUUUGUCAGAAUCAGAAUUAAUCUGGUACCGCAGCUGAAUGUAAACAAACAGGCCAGUCUGGUUCCCUCUCCUGCUUUACCUCGUAUGUGUAGAGAACUACGGUAACACUGAUUAUCAAAAAUACUUACGCUAAUGAACUAUGUUCUUUGACUUAUGAAGUUUUCAAAGUCAUUACUACUAAAGUUUAUUUUAUAUAGAUAAAACUUGGUUUUAUUUUUGUUGCUUUAGUUAGCGUUUGUAUUAUCUCAAAAGCGGUUGAGAGUAAGAACUAUAUUUUUGCACGUAACUUUGAAAUGGCGACUAUGGGGUUAACAUCCUGCCUUGAACAGGAUCACAUAAGCCGGCAAUUGCUCUCUGAGCAAUAAGCCCGGCUAAAAAGAAGGAAGACGUUUAUGCGAUUCUAGAAUGCGUAUCAAUAAUGUCAGAUUAGAACGGAGCGUUGGAAAUUCACCUUAAUUUGUACACCUUUUUUGGCUUUUAAAUCACCCUGCAAUUGUUAUAGACUAUUGUGUAAACAUGUUACCUUGUGAUUCUUAUGUUUUAAUAUGUAUUUUCACAUGAUUUACUUAUACAUUCUUAUGUUAUAUUGUUAAAACUAGCUAAAAACUAGCGAAUCCCACAGUCAUUUGCUCAAGAAGUUGGAUUUUGUUUUUCUUGAAUCUUUCUAUUAGUAAUGUAGAUUAUUACUAGUAAAUUUAUUAGAUACUUCAUCAAUAAUUAACAAUAUAAAAAAAAACUAACAUAUUCGUUAAAAGAUGUAAAAAUUAAUAAAGCUACCGGUCUAAGACGUAAUGGGUUUAAAUAUACUUCGUUGUUUUGUUUGCUGCUUAAAAUAGUUAUUUUCCAGAAACGUGAGUGUGCUUUGUAUUUAUUGUUAUUUAUAAUAUCUUUACUAGUCUCAGAAAAGCUGAAAACCUUAUUUGAUUUUUCAUCGAUUAUAAUUACUAUCCUGUGGAUGAAUCUGUUUAUCUGUCAGAUAUAAAUCAAUGAAUAUAUUUAUACAAAAUAUUUUUUCAUUGUAAAUAAAUAUUUUCAUUCUGUAUCAUGCAGUUUGAUCAGUAUAUUUGAUCUGUAUUUAUUUUGCUAUGUAUAUCUCUUUUAUUUGUAAUAGUCAAGAAGGAGGAUUUGAAGAAGGAACAUGUUUCAAAAUCAUAAGAUUAACAAUACUCAUACUGUAUUAACCGUAUUCCAUAAAACAUAUCUACCAUAUUUGCAUGUGAACAUGUAAUACUGAAAAAUAAAUCUAACCAAACAACAAAUUAAUUGAUAGCUCCAUUUGUUUUUUUCCUACUGUACAAGCUUGUUUAGUUUUUGUUUGUUUGCU